AUGGCCUUAUCUUUAAUUAGACAGCGUGAAGCAAAGGAUGAGUACAUUACACUUCACACUAGUCCCCAGCUCGGGAAGACAAAUUUGCCACAGAUAAAGGAUGAAUUAGCAAAUCUUUACACACGGAACAUGUUCUACAAGGUACGACAUCAGAUGUUGAAAGAAGGUAGGUACAUGGUGAAAACCCUAGUGGAAGAAGAGGAUGCAGUAAUUUUGAAGCUUCACAAGUAUGCUGUUGAACAAGUGAAGAGGCAUGUAUAUGUAACACCGGAGCGUGAUCUCUUUGUUUGUGAAUGCCAAUAUUUUUUGUCAUAUGGGAUACCAUGUCGGCAUAUAUUUUCUUCAAUAAAACGCAUACACAUUACUUCAAUGCCUCGAGCACUAAUACUAUCUCGGUGGAUGGUUGAGACUAAACAGACUCACAAUUUGCCAGUUGGCAAUAUGGACGCUACCUUAGACAAACGAGAGGUGGAGAGGGCAAGAUUUGGUGCAAUUAGUAACCAGUUGGGUGAACUUUCCUAUCUUGGAUCGAGGAAUCAGUCUACAUACCAUAUUUCAAAAUGUGAGAUUGACAGAUUAUGCGGUAAGCUUAAAGCAGUUGUGGAGAUUAGAGACAAGGAGAUUAGCCAUAACUUGCCUCUACACAGGGAGUUUCAAUUCCCAGUGUUGGAUCCAUACUUCACAAAAAGUAAGGGUACAGCAAAGGUACCUGGCUCGAGAAAAGGUACUCGCCGCAAGUGUAGUAUCUGCCAGAAAAGUGAACACAACAAGUUGACUUGCCUGAUAAAAUGGAAGAAGGAUCACCCGAUUGGAGAGUCAGAUGAAUAUGAAGAUGCAGAAGAAGAUGACCAAUGCUAUGGAAUGGGAUUGAAUGAUGAAUGGGCUGACCAAAACUCAAUGGACUACACACAACAUGAGAAUGGGACAGAAAAUGAUGUUGUUCAAGAUUUAGGCAAUGAACUACAGAAUGAUAAAGUGGAUAAAGUGGGAACACAAGUUGAGGAGGGAAACAAUUGGUGGCAAAGUCCUUUCUGA